CAGCCUCUCUUCUCACCUUCUUAACAUCUGUAACAGUAUUACCGGCUGUUUUCCUGCUGUUCUAUAAUUAAUCUUUGCGUCAUCCUCCUAAUCCUCGAUUACGCCACUUCACCCAGUUGCAUGCGUUGUUAACCGGCCCGGUAGCCUCCAAGGAUAUCGGUUCCUGUGUAUGCGCACCUGACGACUUUUCUAGACUUGCGGUUCGCCUCGGCUUGGGUCUCCGUUUCCAACCCCCAAAAGGAUUUUUUCUAGAAGAAAAAAAAAUUGACAUGGUCAUCGGUUGUUUUACUACCUUGUCUCGGGAAUCGUGCAUUUGAAAAAGAAAUCGUCAAAGUCACCGGGGUAUUUCAAUCUCGAAACACGCGCCGCCUCAGACGUCACCUAAAACCACCUAUCUCCUAGUCGCUUCGUGGCUACAGCUCUCAAACCUCACCCUGGCGCCCCCAAGCGUCUAUUAAUGUAGCAUGGCAGAAGAUCGUCGAAAUAGAGGACAACCUUUAAGGCACGACCCAAACGACGAAUCUCAGUAUCCUCCAAUUCCCGGCGAGGAGGACGAUCGUGCGAGAGCAAUUCCAUAUCAUUCACGAUCACAAAUGGCGACAACUACGGUGAGAUUGCCGUCUAUCCAGGACUCCCACGGGGCUUAUAGCCCGUCUGCUGGUAGAGGCUGGGAUCCAAGGUCCAGUGGUUAUGGUCCUUCGCCCAGUUCUACGAAUGGGUAUCCCCCUCCGCCUACCACUGCGCAGGUAUCUCCAGGUCCUGCAUACUCUCCCCCAAGCGGUGGCGCCUAUCCCCCUCCUGGCACUAGCCAUCCAUCUUACCUUCCGCCCGUACAUGCGCCGGCUCCGGAUCCAAGGGCUAGCUACUCUCAAGAUCCGAGGGCGACGCCGUACUUCCCUGGCUACAGUGCGCCGAAUCCGUAUGACUUCACGUACCGGCAAGAUCGCGCCACGCCUGGGGCAUACCCUCCGGAGUACGCCAGAGGCGGACACGCGGGAGCUGCAGUAAUGCAGCAGUCUGCCCCUCGACAGCGAACUUCGAUUGCUUGCAGAUAUUGCAGGAGGAGAAAGAUUCGUUGCAGCGGCUACCAAAAUUCUCCCGGAGGAAAAUGUACGAACUGCAUUAAGAUGAAUCAGGAAUGCGUCUUCCAGCCGGUCUCCUCUUCCUCGUCCACCGCGUUUGUUCCCGUGUCGGCAUUGCCAAAUGGCAUCCCGCCGGGCACCCAACUGUUUGGGGCGUAUGGGCAGCCGUUGUCAGGUGGGUCGAAUCUUGCGCCGGCUGGUGGGUUUCAAGCUACGAAUCCGCAAUACGAGCAGUCGCUGCCUUCGCCGACUGGCUCGUAUGGGUCUUUUUCGGAGGAGAGGUCUGAAGCAGGCAGGCGGCGGCCGAGGCCUGUAGAUGAUGAGCACGGAGUGCGUUUACCUCCUCCAAGCACGUUUCCUGAGGACAAUCCGCGGCGACGAUCUCCGUCGUCAAGCGGGAGUCCAAGUCAUUUACAACCAUUGCCGCAGCUAAACCCCCAGCAGGCUCCGUACGCCGGGUACGAUAACAGGACGCCGCCUCCGAGAGGCAGUCCGUCUGGCCCUCCAGCAGGGCACAGUACCGCGAGUUCCGUGAUGAGUCUGGAAAACAUUAUGGGCACUGGUCCUACCUCUAACAACGAUAUCGACCAGAAGAUGCUAGGCCGCCUGAACAGGCGAACGUAGCGACGAUGGCCAUUGACUAUCUACGGCAGCCACCGGAUGGCGGGGAAGUCAAUACGUUCAUCGAAGGGGAAAAUCGGCAGGAGGAGUUGGGAAAAUAGAUGGCUGCUGGCGGCUUGUCCGGACGGUUAAAUCGGCAACGAUUCCUCGGUGUUCUAAUCGAUUUCCAAAUUUACAAGUCGGCAGGUGGGGGGGCAUUCGGGGCGGCAUUUGCAUUUCAUUCACCAGGGCGGCGGCUACGAGUCAAGGGCGUAAUUUGCGGUCUUUUGGCGGACGAGUACGAAAAU